AACGAGACAAGGCAAUGCAAGGCAGCAUGCUUAUUAACAAGCGUCGGUGAAAAACGCUGUCAACAGUACAAGCGGCAACGUAAAAGAACAUCUUAAAGGCGGCAUCCAAGGGAAAACCUUGGAAAAUAUCCACCAGUGUUUUCGCCCAUCUGGAGUUGUAAACAGUGUGGAGGACCGAAUCCAUGGCGGCGAAGGCAGAUAUUAGAAACAACGUGGAAUGGAAAAAAUGACCAGACAGCUGACUGGCUGCUCAUUAACUCAUUAGCACAGCAAGACGACCUGACAUAAGCAAGAAACUAUAAUGUUGGGUUACCAUUACAACGUCUUUGACUACAUGACACAGAAAACGUGCAUACGAUCGCUUGGAAGGGUACAAUUCUCGCUACAUUCAAUUGGCUCUGUUGCGAGCGCUGGUCAAGUCCUUCUAUAGGCGUAAAUUGAUUUUGUUUUGGAUCAAGUUAUAAUUUAGCGAGCUUGUCAAGUAUAAUAAUGGUCUACUUCACGAACUACUCGAAAGGAUACGUUGUGGAGUAUGAAACUCCGUGUUUUAAAAGCUGGCUUCUACUACCAGCCGAGAAUUUAUGGAGUGAUGGAGUUCGAGGAUUUCUAUACACAGUUGCCAUGUUCUAUAUAUUUCUAGGGAUCGCUAUAAUCGCCGAUAUUUUCAUGAGCUCUAUCGAGGUAAUAACAAGUAAAAAGCGCAAAGUUACACGCUACGAUUCCGAAAAGCAAGAACGCGUUGAGAUCGAAGUAUUUGUAUGGAACGAAACCGUGGCUAAUUUGACUCUUAUGGCGCUGGGAUCUUCCGCGCCAGAGAUUCUUUUAGCUGUGGUAGAGACGGUUCAAAAUCUAGGAAACGUACCGGACGCAUCACAGGAGGACAAAGAUGGUCUUGGUACUUUUACCAUAAUCGGAUCAGCUUCAUUUAAUCUGCUUCUUAUCACGGCACUAUGUGUGGUAAGUGUUCCCAGCGGAACCGUAAAAAAGAUUCGCGAAUUUGGAGUCUUUAUUGUCACUUCUGUGUGGUCGCUGUUCGCGUAUGUCUGGCUGUUGGUGGUGUUGAAAUGGUCCUCGCCUGACGAGAUCGAGUUAUGGGAAGCGUUCGUGACGCUGAGUUUUUUUCCUCUUCUUGUCAUCACAUCUUGGUGUCAGGAUAACGGCUGGUGGUGUAAGCGAGGCAGAAUUAUAAGCGUUGAAAGUCCCGAGGUUCGCGUGAUUGGGCUCACAGAACCUGGGAGUCCAAUGAUGACUCAUCGUUCAAUGGAACUAAGAGCUUUAGAGCAGCACUUUCGACAUGCUGCAUUACGCAGCAUCACAAGACAGAAACCUGGUAUAAAAGAACCUGUUAAGGACCAGGAGGAACAAUUAAAUAUGCUAUCAAAAUCUCUUUAUGGGUCUAGAGUUUUUGGCGGAGAUGAAAAAACCUUUAGCUUCAGUUCAGCAUCAUAUUCAGUUGUAAAAAGUGCAAAGAAACUAACUAUUGAAGUGCAACUCAGUCAAAGGAUAGCAAGAUCGCCUUGUGUUCCACGUAAAAAACUUCAAUUAUCAGCUCCUUAUGACCCAUCAACACCCAUUGUUAAUGGCAAAUGGGAACAGCUUGCAAUUCCAAUCAUCAAAGCUGAUUUUCCGGAAAGUAAUGGUGUCCCUUUGUCAAAUCCAAAAAUAAAUGGAGAUUUACCAGCAAGGGAGAGUGUAUACAACAUACGAGAUGCUGUGUCCACAGAGAACAAUAGUGAAUUUCAACUUUCAGAGGAUUCUGCUCAGUCACAAGCUACAACAUUUUAUGUGGAUUAUGAGACUCGCGAUGGAAGUGCUAAACAUGGAAAGGACUACCAUAAUUUAAAAGGCACAUUGACAUUUUGUCCAGGAGAAACCAAGAAGACAUUAACAAUUACAAUAGUCCAUCAUGAUGGAUAUGCAUUGGAAAAAGACUUCUAUAUACUGUUAAAGAAUCCUGUAGGAACUGCUGAAUUGGGAGAACCAAACUUGGCAAGAAUCACAAUAAUAGAUGAUGAUGAGCCUGGUGAAUUCUCCUUUGAAAAAGCAAGUUAUUAUGCAAAUGUAGUUACUGGUGAUGUCAGUUGUACCAUAAUUAGAAGGAAAGGUUGUGAUGGCACAGUCACACUGACUUACAACACCAUGAACGGUACAGGCAGUGGUGGGACAGAACAGGAACUUGAACAGAAGAGGUGUGAUUAUGAACAGGCAGUUGGUGGAAAGUUGUAUUUUCAACAUGGUGAAACAUCCAAGCAACUAAUAAUAAGAGUGAAUCCUGACUGUAAGAAUAAAAACUUUAUUGUGUUAUUGAGUGAUAAAAGCCCUGGUGCUAAAAUAGGACAGAAAAGUGCAGCAGUUAUAAACAUUACAAAUGCUUGGCAAACUCCUGGGUUGUGCCAUAGGACUUAAGAACAGUGUUACAGGAAUCACUAUCAUAGCAAUUGGUACUAGCUUACCUGAUACCUUUGCCAGCCGCUCUGCUGCAUUGCAAGAUAUUGGAGCAGAUGCCUCAAUUGGGAAUAUCACAGGGAGUAACAGUGUGAAUGUGUUUCUCGGUCUUGGGUUGCCAUGGGUGAUAUCAACUUGUUAUCAUGCAGUGAAGAAGACAAAGUAUAUUGUGUACAGUGGUAAUCUAACUUUCUCUGUGCUGGUCUUCACAACUUUUGGACUCAUUUGCCUUGCAACCCUUGUCAUUAGAAGAAUGAUUUUUGGAGGAGAGCUUGGUGGUCCUGCAACAUCAAAACACAUGACUGGGUUCUUCUUGGUUUUCUUGUGGUGUUGUUAUGUUGUGGUAUCAGCACUUGUGGCAUAUGACAUCAUUCCUGUUGGUCUCUGACACCUUUAGCACAAACACUUAUUUAUGGAGUUGCUUCACCACAUUGUGUGGACAAUCAAAUUGAAAUUGUUCUGAUUUGUCAAAUUACUUUAGAAGAAUGGCAACAUGACUUAGGAGACUAAUAUUGAACCACCAAGGAACAAAAAUCUGAGCAACUGUGUUGAACCCAUCUGGCUACAUGUCAAUAUCUACCGCACAUAGGGGAAAAUAUUGGUGGACUCUGUGGCUUUGGAUGGAGUUGUUUUAAGUUACAGAGUUGUGUGUGAAAGGGUCAAAUACAAUUGGGUGUAUCUCAGAGGAAAUGCCUUUGUUGCUGGAAAUACCAGGUUGGAAAGAUUUGGGUUUGUGAAUGCCUUAACUUGGCAGAAAUAAUUAAAUUGUAUUUUCCCUGUGUUCCAGGGCAGUGUGAUCAAAAUGAGUGAAAGGAUUACCCUUUUAAAGGACACAGACAGUGAAGCAAAAUCUAGGCCAUAGGCUUCUGGUCAGAAUUGUGACCUGUUCUAAGGCCUAUGUGUAAAUUGGAUUUUGCAGUUUAACUAUGGACAGAAGCACUACAACAGCCUAAAAAUUCCAAGUCUUCAAGAAAAUAAAGCCAUCCAUCGCCAUAACUAAGCCUGGUUUGAUACAGAAUCAACUGUGAGGCCUGAAUGUGACACAAAAAGGAGGUUUUAUAUGUCUAGAAAUAGAUUCAUAUUUAUGAGGAAGUCUUGUGCUUAGCUUUAAUUUGAAAUUGAGAGAUUUUUAGAAAGGAAAUGGCUUCAGUUGAAGAUAGCCAUUGCAUGAUGCAUGGUUCUUAAUAGUGAGGUGGCAAAAUUAUUUUCAAACACAACAGGACCCACCUCUGUUUAUGAAAUCUGUUCCAACAGAGGAGAGAACACCUGAGAUCACAAUAGCUCUUAUUCAAGUUGUCAGUUUGAAUCUGCUAGUAAUUCUUGACAUGCAAUAUAAGAUUUACAUUAUAAAAUAAUUUAUCAACAGAUUAUUGUAAAUAUAUUGUUUGUUGUAAAUAGUACUUUACUGCAGAAACAGAGUGGAUGUAAUUUAUUUCCAUUAUUGCAGUCUGUAGGCCAAAUAAUAAAAGCUUGCUUCUGUGUGUCAGUAUUAUUUUGUACAAAUGUUACAAAUUUACUAAUAAAAUUGAACUGUAGAUGGAAAAAGAUGAA